AUGUCGAAACGAACGUGCGACCUUCAAGACCUGGAGCUUUUAGCGACCCUUCAUGGUCUUUCUCCCGUCGUCGGCGACCACCAAUCGAGUGGAAAUGGAAGCAACGGCGGGGUGGAUCAAGAAAGCACCUCCGAUGAUCACAUGCUUCAAAGAAGAAAAAGAAGAAUGGAAGCAGGAAAUAGCGAAGAUGUAUCAAUCGUUGACAAUGCCACCAUCGCCACAACCAUUAUUCUCCAGAGGGUUGGAUGGGCAUUCACGGAAGGUCGUUUCAACAAAGGAGAUGCGGUUGUCAUGCUCCACUAUGCUUUCCAAGUUGUGAAGAAAUUCAUCGAGGCUUAUGUGACCCAUGCAGGUGGCUCUGUCAUCGUGGUACAUUUUUCUUUCCAUAUCCACUCCAAAGAAGAAAUAAUCUCUGAGUUUAGAAAGGGUUUGACAAGGGGCAAGGCCUACGACAGGAAAAUUAGGUUGGCAAUUAUUGAUCACAUAACAUCCAUGCCCUCCCUCUUAAUUCUAGUUCUCUCUCAUAAAACCCAAGGGACGUCAGGUUUAGCAAAAACUGCCCCGCUCCCUUUACGCUGCUUUACCUUGGUCUCACUUGAAAACACGAUUUCACACUCUCUCUCAUCCCAUCGUCUCUGGAACAAACGAGAAGCGCAGCCUCAACAACGACGACAAACGCUAAACACCACCGCCAUUUUGCUGGGAGAUUCCUCUGCUAAUCGCCGGUAG